AGCAUUGUUGCUUGCAUGUGAUAUUUGCGUUUGCUCUUUUGUAGUCUGUGAAAUAUAGUUAAAAAUAAUACUCAGGAUGCCCUCCAAUUUCUCUAAUUUAAAUAAUGUUGUGUUCUGUGUGCUUAACUUUGUCAUUUUACUUAAUUCACUGGCCAAAUGCUUCGCCAACACAAGCAGUGAAGACCUAAACUUACCUGAAUCUCACGUAGUUUAUCACCUCAAUCGUCUUUCACGUGCUCCGGGUGUGAAGGAAUGCUGGGGAUACGAAGAUGACUGUGAUAGGGAGAAUCACGCCUUCUCCCAGCCCGAAUGUCCGGGUGAACAUUCCACGUAUGUUAAGGACAAGGCGACUCAGAGAAGCACCUUCUUCAGCCAGGCUGACUUCGGAUUCGUGCGGCAGCAAAUCCGGGAACAGUCAGUCAUUUGCGAGCCACUCUUCCGCGAUGACUCUUCUCUCGAGUGCUCCAAAUACUUGCGCUUCUGCAGCGGCAGGAAUAUUCUGGUCAACUUCACUGACUUCCAGCACCGGCGCGAGCCAGUUCGGUAUCACAUGGAUGUCCUGAAGGAGGGCGAAAUUGCCGGUCACUGCACGCUGCACGUGAAUCGGCUGAGAGAGGAAUUGGGACAUUUGAGCCCACUUCAGUCGUGGGCGCCAGAAUUGCGUUUCUUCAGCGAAUUACCUCAGCGACCAAUCGAAAGUGGGCAGUGCGACGUGAUCGUGACCCAACCGACAGUGCUUCUCAAAUUGGACGCCAGUAUUAACAUGUACCAUCAUUUCUGUGAUUUCUUCAAUUUGUACGCGAGUCUUCACGUAAACACGUCCAACGGAAGGGAUUUCGAUCCAUUCGGACGAGAUGUGCGGAUUCUCAUUUGGGAGACUUACAAGUACAUCUCACCAUUUGCUGAAACCUUCGAGGCCUUCACGAAGAAUCCUCUGUGGGACCUGAACACCUUUCGAGGCAAGACGGUGUGCUUCAAGAAUCUCAUGCUUCCACUUUUACCUCGAAUGAUUUUUGGACUUUUCUACAACACACCAAUUAUCCAAGGCUGUGAGAAGAGUGGAUUAUUUCGUGCCUUUUCCGAGUUCGUUCUACACCGGCUGCAGAUUCCUCUUCAUCCGCGGACAAGUGCUAAGGUGAGAGUGACAUUCUUGUCGCGCGGAACGAAGUAUCGGCGGGUGUUGAAUGAGGAGGAGUUGAUGGAGAGACUGCGUCAGGAUGAUCGCUUUGAUGUGCAGAACGUCGCUUAUGGCAGUCAGAUGAAGUUCCGCGAGCAGCUGGAAAUUACGCGAAACACCGACGUGUUCAUUGGCAUGCACGGAGCUGGUCUCACACACUUGCUCUUCCUGCCAAACUGGGCGUCAAUCUUCGAGCUGUACAACUGCGAAGAUCCCACGUGCUAUCUGGACCUGGCGCGUCUCAGAGGCAUCAAUUAUGUCACAUGGGAGGACGCGGAGAAGCUGCAGAGUGAGGAUGAUGGCAGUGGCAAUGAGAGUGGCGCGUAUGCCAAGUUCACCAAUUACUUCUUUGACGCCGCGGAGUUCAUGAGGCUGGUGCACAAGGCGGCAGAUCAUGUGGAGCAUCAUGAGGAGUUUAGGAGCGCAUCGAGUCAGUACCUAUCGAGUGAGAAGGACCACGAGGAGCUUUGAUUCAAUUGCAUGGUUGUGAUAGUUAUUCAAGCGAAAUACUCUUCUGCGUGCACAAAAUAUUGAGGCUGGACAAAAAUUACCUCGAGAUAACGAAUUAAAUAGUAAGUUAAGUGACGAAUAAGUGUCUUAAUUUGUCGAAGUGGAUUGAAGUCAUCUUGCUACCUCAUCCGCACUUUAUUAUCCAAAAAAUGUAUAUGUGUACACAUUUUUUCACAUAGUUUUUUUUCAUAUAUUGUGAUUGGCAUUUGUAUAGGUUUUACCUUUGAUUUCUCUUGUAAAAUCUCUUGAGGCCAUACAAAAUUCUUUGUAUUCAUCAUCAUGUGCUGUAAUCACUACCAUUCUUUCCUUCAAUGCUCUCAUCAUUAAAUAUUAAGAACUAGCCUGAACUUUGGAACAAGAUUAAAUAGUUUUUAAUUUCUGCUUCUCACAUGUCUCUUCAAGUGUUAAUAACAUUCUGUUUUUUUUUCUCACUAAUAGUUACUCUAUAAGAUUUUAUUGUUAUAAAAAAUAUGAAGUAUAGUUUAUUUACAGAUCUUAUAGCACUUUUUGUACAGUUUUAUUGAUUUCCAUUCCAUUUGAAUAUAUGUUUGAAGUACAGGGGGUGGGUUUAAACAAUUCACAAUUGUUCUACCAUCUUUUUUUUUGUAUAGCAUCAUUGUAUAAUGGUUUCUUUUAAAAAUAUAUAUUAGUAGUCUC